AACGGGUUCGCUCUGAAACUACAUGGUCCGGGUAAAAACAACGAUGCGUCCUAAAUCGAACUAUUAAAUGAAUGAAUUAAGACAAUAAUGGAGCUCGACUGUAAUGUUCGAUAAUACCUAAGCUGGUAGCCACGUGGUGUAUGUGUGUGGCUGUGUUCACUAGCGCAAGUGUCUCUUCUUGUAUGACCAUGUUCUCGCUGUCAGUCUCCGCGGUGACUUCCAGGUGUCAUCUCUUCACGGCGUUACAUCGAUUUGUCCUGACUAGUAACGCCGGGCUAACAUACUCUUCUACCUGCAUCGGAUGCACGUCGUUGACGAAUACACCGUUUAAGCAGGAGUCCAAAAUAUCAGCCGUUAGGAAUUUAUGUACAGACCAAGACUGCAACGUAUCUGAGAAAACAUGCCCAUCCACAGAAAACGGUGAAGUCAGAGUGAGGUUUGCACCGAGUCCUACAGGGUUCCUACAUUUAGGGGGUCUCCGCACUGCUUUGUACAACUUCAUCUUUGCAAAGAAGCAUGGAGGAACUUUCAUCCUCCGCCUUGAAGACACGGACCAGAACAGACUGGUACCGGGAGCAGACGAGGCCAUAGAAGAUAUGCUGGAAUGGGCUGGUAUUCCUCCAGACGAGAGCCCUCGUCGCGGAGGUCCGCUGGGCCCCUACCGACAGUCCGAGAGACUGGAGCUAUACACACAGGCCGCCCUGGGCCUCGUGGACGCCGGUCACGCCUACUACUGCUUUUGUAGCACGCAAAGACUGGAGCUUCUCAAGAAGGAGGCGCUGCGCAGCGGACAGACGCCCAGAUAUGAUAACCGAUGCCGACACCUGAGGGCGGAGCAGGUGCAGGAGAAGCUGUCUACGGGAGGUCCACGUGUGAUCCGCUUCAGGCUGCGGUCUGGGGUCGAGCCCUUCCAGGACCUUGUCUUCGGCUGGAACCAGCAUGAGGUGGCCCAGGUGGAGGGCGACCCCGUGGUCAUGAAGGCGGACGGCUUCCCCACCUACCACCUGGCCAACGUGGUGGACGACCACCUCAUGGGCAUCAGCCACGUGCUGCGGGGCUCCGAGUGGCUCAUCUCCACCUCCAAGCACCUGCUGCUGUACCGCGCCCUGGGCUGGAGCCCGCCGGCCUUCGCCCACCUGCCGCUGCUCCUGAACCGGGACGGCAGCAAGCUGUCCAAGAGGCAGGGGGACAUCUUCAUCCAGCGCUUCCAGCAGGCCGGCGUCCUGCCCCAGGCACUGCUGGACCUCACCACCCACUGUGGCUCGGGCUUCGCCACUAAUAGAAUAGGCAGGAAGAUGGAGGACCUGAUCUCAGAGUUCAACCCAUCCAAGAUCACAACCCACUCUGCUUUACUUGACCUGGAAAAAAUCCCAGAGUUCAACCGAAUCCACCUCGAGCAGCGAAUAGAAGACGAGGAGCAAAGUGAUUCGCUGGUGAAGGAUCUGCAGGAACACAUUCAGAAGGCCUACGCAGAAGAGAUCCAGGACAAAGACGUUCUUCGUGGGAGCUACAUCACUCGCAUCCUACGCCUUCGCAAGGGCCACAUAUCCUCCCUCAAGGAGCUGGUGACCCCGGGCUACUCCUACCUCUGGGUGCGCCCUUCUGUGUCCUACCAGCAGGUGGCAGCACUCACCUCAGAGACCCAGCACAUUACCUCUCUUUUCCUGAGGUUCAUUGAAGCGCAAGGGGAAGAGCUGUCUGUGGAGGCUCUCAGCAAGGACCUGAAAACUCUGGCUAAGAGCGCCAAGGCCACCAAAUACAGGGACGUCAUGAAGCUCUUGAGACUGUCCCUCAGUGGCCUACAGCAAGGUCCAAGUGUAGCGGAGAUGAUGGUGUCUUUGGGACGCAGGGAAGUCAUUCAUAGAUUCCAGAAACUUCUCCUUCUCUCACCAAUUAGCUGAAAUAUCCUCAGCAUUUGAAUAGCCUGCUGCAAUUGUGUACAUA